AUGUUUAAUUCCUUGAGUCUUAGAAAACCAAAUAUUCUGGAUAAUAUAUCACUCAACGUUCCAAGAACGGCAGAACUACCUACUAAAGGAAUUAAACAAGAAAGAAUUAACACUGUCAUUCAAGCAACGGAAUCCUUUUCAAUUCUCAAUGAGAACAAAUCCGUUUCCUCGAGAUCUUCACAAUCUGAAUUUUCUGAUGUGGUAAAAUUACAUGGAUCUAUGACUCAAGAAAGUGGCGUUGCUACUUCUAAUACUAAUACGCAAAAUGGUUUAGAUUCACAGUCUGUUAUUGAGAGUCAACCUACAAUCGCACUAUUUAUUGGUGAUUUAGAUGAGCAAAUUGAUGAAGAAAUUCUAAUCCAAAUCUUUAAAAAAUUUAAAUCCUUAACUUCUGUCAAAGUUUGUACUGAUGCAGAAACCGGGAAAUCCUUAGGGUAUGGCUAUUUGAAUUUUUCGAGAAGACAAGACACAUUGGCGGCAACUGAAGAAUUCAACUAUAGACCUAUCUUUGGUAAAGAAGUGAGAAUCAUGCCAUCAUUAAGAAAUACAUUUUAUCGUAAAAAUAUCGGGACCAAUAUUUUUUUCUCUAAUUUACCACUUGAAAAUUCUAACUUGACAACAAGAGUGUUUUAUGAUACUUUUAAGGUUUAUGGUAACAUUUUGUCUUGUAAAUUAGACAAAAGGAAAAAUAUUGGAUUUAUCUAUUUUGACAAUGAUCAUGCUGCUAGAGUUGUCAUCAAGGAAUUCAACGGAAGCGAAUUCUUUGGUAAUAAAAUAUUAUGUGGAAUUCAUUUUGAUAAAGAAUUAAGAAAAUUCCCAGAAUUUGAAAAAAGGAAAUCGUCUUUAAACGAUAUUACCAUUCCUAAGGAACAACUUACUUUAGGUCCCACUGAUGCUAAAACUGUGGAACACGAUUCAACUCAACAUUUGCCUCAUCCAAACGCUAUUUUCGUAAAGAAUUUGCCGCCCAGCUGUCCAGAUGAUGAAAUACUGGAUUAUUUCAGUAACUUGGGACCAGUGAAAUCUGUAUUUUCUUCAACCUCUCAUAAGUAUGAAUCGAGCUGGGCAUUUGUUACAUAUAAAAAGGGUUCAGAUACGAAUAAAGCGGUUAAAAUUUAUCAUGGUGCUCAAUUCAAGGGAAGGAAACUCAGCGUUAUUAAAGCUGAAUCGGCAAGAAAUGGUCAUGGUAGCUACAAUAAACAAUCAAGUAAAAUUUCGUACAGACCCAUUCUUUACUUACAAAAUUUGAGUUCUGUAUGCAAUGAGCAAUUCCUUCUUCAAAUGUGUAUGGAAGAACGCAUAAAGAUUGAAAAUCUAGGUAUUACCGAUUUUUUCCAUGACUCUUUCACAUAUUCUGGUUACGUGAAAUGUAAAAGUAAAAAAGAUGCUGAUAAAAUAUUAAAACUUUUAAAUAACCGGUUGAUUGGCGGAUGUGAAGUUAAAAUCACUAGAAAAAAACUAAAUAAUAAUAAUGGGAACUCAUCUAUACCAGUAAUUGACGUUUACCAUUCAAAAAAUCAAUCAAAAUCUCCAAAGCACUCAACUUAUAAUGGAUUGUCAAAACAACCACAAGUUCACUUACAAUCUGCCAUUUUUCCCAUGCCCAUAUAUUCAGCACCAACACCAACACCAGGAGCAGGUCCAAUGUACUACCCACAACCAAUGGUUUUAACUCCCAAGAUUGCUACUUUCAAUUCUAGUAAGGAAACAGACGAACAAUUGAGUCAAAUCUUGAAAUAUUUGAGAAGACAGGUUAAGAAGGGUAUUGAUUUCUUGAGAUACCCAACAGCAACUAACGAUGAGAACCUUUUGAGAAUUACGAAUUAUAUCUUUGAACACUACUGGCAUUGUGACCUAAAUCAAUUAACUAAAUUUUUACUACUCAUGAAUGCUAAUACUCAGAAUGAAAGCAUUUUGAAUAACCACAUCGAACAAACAGCUAAACAUUUAGGUUUUGAAAGAUAA